CGCCGUAUUGCGACCAACUUCCCCUCCUUGUCAACGCAGCCCACUCAACUCUCCCUUCCGGCGAUCCCGCGAUAAGUCCUGUCGCCAGUGACCUACCCUCGGAAUCUCUCCCUCUCCGGUCCAGAUACACCAGCACACGACUCCUCAAUCGCGCAGCUAUCGCACCGGAAAACCGAGUCACGAUGACCGACGUCGGCAAAACUCCUUUUAUAAAGGAGCUCGCAUCCAGCGACAAAAAACUCCGCGACAAAGCCACCGCCUCCCUCACGCUCUUCCUGCGCGCCAAAACCGACCUCUCGAACCUCGACCUCCUCAAACUCUGGAAGGGACUUUUCUUCUGCUUCUACCACUCGGACCGCCCACUGACCCAACAAGCGCUCGCGCGCACGCUUUCCUACAACCUCGUGCCGACGCUGCCGCGCACAACAGUCCACAAGUUCCUGCGCGCCUUCUGGCUGACCAUCGGCCGGGACUUCCACUCGAUCGACCGCCUGCGGCUGGACAAGUACCUGUUCCUGAUCCGGUGUUACGUCGGGGUGGGCUUUGAGGUGUUCCUCAAAGCCAACAAAGGCAUCGGAAACGGGGCUGGGGCCGGUGACGCUGCGGAGGGGAAGAAGCGCAAGCGGGAGGAGGAAAAUUCCAAGAAGGGGGGCAAGAAGCGGAAGGGUAAGGGGCAGCAGCAACAACAGCAACAACCAGAAGAGGAACAACAGCAAGACACAAAGACCGAGGGGGUGGAUUUGGCAGCGCUGGAGUCCUACCUCGCCAUCCUGGAGGAUGGACCGCUCUGCCCCCUCAAUUUCGACCCGGAUCAGCCCCCGGCCAACGAGGCGGAGGAUUUCGUCCCCAUGCCGCACGGCCCGGAUGGGUUGCGGUACCAUGUGAUGGAUAUCUGGGUGGAUGAGUUGGAGAAGGUGCUGGAGUUCGAGGAGGUCACGACGGCGGAGGGGACGACGGCCAAAAAACCCAAGGGCCCGGUGCCGGCGGAGUUGCUGUUGCGGCCGCUCGAGAGGUUGAAGAAGGAGAGCCCGUACAAGCCGGUGCGGGUGCGGGCGGCCGAGGCGUUGGACGAUGAGCGGUUGGUCGAGUGGGGGUGGAAGGAGCGGAAGGUCGAGAGUGAUAGCGAAGAUGAAGAUGAAGACGAAGAAGACGAGGAUGAAGAUGAGGAAUGGGGUGGGUUCGGGGAUGAAUAGAUGAGCACGAACAACGUAAACAAAAGUGUCUUACUUCGCCAAAGGGUAAGGGUUGACUCGGAGUUAGGUUCAUGUACCGUACUUGCAUAUGCUAUGUUUUUAUUUUCUUGGAAGUUAUCCUUGUUUGUUUCUCCGUUCCUGCAAAUGCGGAGAUUGAAAAUUGAAUGAUUUAUAACAAUAUCUAUAC